AUGGCCACGUCCAGAGAUUACAUUAAAUUCGGAAAGGUUUCUAUACUUGCUCGGAGACAAGAGUUCGCACAAAGCCACAAACCUCUGAUUAAAGCAGAUAAGAUUCCUCGUACGGAAGCUGGCUAUUGUGUCAAUGAUGAUAAUAUUGCUGCUAUUGACUUUGGUACCACAUCAGUUUCACUGGCUUACAGUAUUACUAGUAGAUUAAUCAGAGAUGCAAAGGAUGCUGGCCUGGGGGUAAACACACUUGUACUUGAUCGUGAAGACCAUUCCAACCGAGUCCCAAAUGCUAUUCUACUAAAAAGAAAUAGAAGGAAGCUGGAGGUAGAAGAUUUUGGAACAUCAGCUCGCAAAAAGUUUGAAACAAAAAAAGCUAGCGAAUACUCACAAUAUGUCUAUUUUGAAAGAAUCAAAAUGCUGUUAAAAAGAGAUCAAAGUAUUGACAGACAGACACUUGUUGAGUCAUUUUCUGGUGAGAAAUUUUACCUUGUUGAAGUCAUUGCAUUUAUUCUUCAAUGCAUAAAGAGAAAGCUUAUUAUUCAGCUCAAUCGUAAUGAAGAUUCUUUCAAGACAACUGAUUUCUAUUGGGUCAUUACUGUUCCUGCUAUAUGGGAUGCACGAGGAAAAAGAAUGAUGAGAGAAGCUGCUUAUAUGGCCGGUUUGCUGACUGAAUCAACUAAUAUAGAUCAUUUAACUCCAGUUUCUGGCCGUCCACUUCCUCUUCCAAUUGAAGUUAACCCAGACAAGUUAUCAUUAGCACUUGAGCCUGAAUCAGCAGCUUUUUAUAGUCAAAAAAUUGUGGAAGGGCAAAUUACAAGUGAUCCAUCAAAAGCAGCUAUUGCUCAUCCUACAAAAUACAUGGUGUUAGAUAUUGGAGGAGGUACUGUUGAUGUUACAUCCCAUGUUGAAGUUGAUGGUGGGGUUGUGGUUGAGAAUAUACCAAUUGGAAAUGCAUGGGGUGGUACACAAGUUAAUGAAGCUUUUUCUAAAUUAUUGCAGGAUAUAGUUAAUGAUCCUGGAUUCAAAAAGUUUUUAGCUUCACGAGAUCAAUCUCAGAGCAUGGCUAUUUUAAAUGGAAUUCUUUACAGAGAGUUUGAAGACCAGAAAUUACUUUUUGGUCAAGGCAAAACAGAAGAGAUCACCAUUAAUCUGCCACGUCCAUUUGCAGAGUUUUUUGAUGGUGCACUUGAAGCUGGCACUAGAGAAAUGCAAGGUGUUGAGUAUGAAGAUGACACACUGUACAUAGAUAGAGCAGUGGUAGAGUUGAAGUUGUUUAGUCCUGUUCUUGAUGGUAUAAAAAAGUGCGCUUUGAAUGCUGUUAAAGGAAAUGAUUAUGAGGUUGAUACUUUUUAUCUGGUUGGGGGAUUUGGAGGCUGCAAGUAUGUCCAUGAGAAACUUUCUCCUGCUAUAAAAGAGGUUUAUAGUUCAAAGGGGAGACAAUGCACUGUGCUGGUACCACCUGAUCCUCAUCUUGCUGUUGCAACAGGAGCUGUUAUGUGGCGUAAAAAUCCUGACAUAGUGAAGGCUAGGCGUUCUGAUGCUACAUAUGGCAUUGGUAUAUGUAUUGUGUUUGAUCCUAACCUACAUGAUGAGCAUUACAAGUAUUAUGAUGAAGAAGAUGGACUGUAUCGAUGUGAUAAUGUUUUUAGCGUUUUCCUGGAGAAGGGUGAACUAACGAAAGCUGAUGAAGCAAUCACCAUUGGUCUGGUUCCUUUUAAGCAGUCUAACACGCAAUCUUUGAUUGAAAUCUACUGUACACCUGAUCUUGGUGUCCAAUACAUAGCAGAUAAAAAUGGUACAGAGAUUGUUACAAAAAUAGGCCAACUACUUAUUGAUAUUCCUAAUCCGGACAACUUGCCAAAAUAUCAACGUAAAAUUGAUAUUACCAUGUAUUUCAGUGAUACAGAGAUACAAGCUAAAGCAAAGUAUUGUGUGAACGGAAAAGAGGUUAAGACUGUCUGUGACUUUCUUUCUGCCAAAUAA